GGCUCCACAACUUAGUUGGUUAGGAACCUAUUAUCUUACCAGUUCGGUACACAGCUCGCGGACAAUAUCGGCUCAAAAAAUCCUUGAGUAUUUUUGUUCAAAUUAUUUUUUGUGCCAGUGACAAAAAGUGAUUAUAAAUUUAUAGAAAUAAUAUUUAAAAGUUUUGUAACGUGACAUUUUCACGGUCACAAUGCCUCAUUCGGUGGUGCUGUCUAGGAACGAGAAAUGGCGUAUAAAUCGGAACAUAUUCGUCCUGGGUUUUGCCUUCAUGAUUCAUUUCACAGCGUUCCAUGGGGCUGCCAACCUUCAAAGCUCUGUCAAUAGUGACGCAGGAGCUGGCACUUUCACUUUGGCAACGAUUUAUUUUUCUUUAAUCCUUUCUAAUAUAUUGCUUCCAGCCAUUAUCAUUAAAUGGCUAGGCUGCAAAUGGGCAGUGUCCGUAUCGUUUCUAGCCUACAUGCCGUUCAUAGCGGCGCAGUUUUACCCACGUCUGUACACCCUCGUUCCUGCAGGGAUGAUGGUUGGUUUCGGCGGAGGGCCAUUGUGGUGUGCUAAGUGCACGUACUUGUCUGUGAUUGCAGAGCCGUAUGCGAAGUUAUCAGGAGUCCCUGCAGAGGUGCUUGUCGUGAGAUUCUUUGGGUUGUUCUUCAUGUUCUACCAGAUGGCGCAGAUCUGGGGCAACCUCGUGUCUUCUGCCAUUCUCUCGUCAUCAUUGGGAGACGUUGUGACUGCAGCAAACGAGACGCUGACGUCAACUGCAGCGCCGUUCCUGACAAACGUGACUGCUUCGCCCACAGUCGAAUUCGGCAGCAACUGCGGGGUUAACUUCUGUAGUAGUAGUGCAUCACAUGAAAAUACGAACUUAGUGCCGCCUUCACCGCUGAAGAUCCAAGUCAUAGCUGGUGUUUAUCUGACGUGCAUGGCCUCUGCAGUCGUGCUGGUGGCCGUCGGAGUAGACUCCCUUACCAGAUACACUUCCGGGCGUAAGACAGCUUGCCAUGGCAAGUCUGGUCUCCAACUCUUGGCUGUUACUCUUCGUCAAUUAAGACACAAGUAUCAGUUGCUGUUGUUACCUGUCAUUGGGUAUAUCGGAGCUGAGCAGGCGUUUAUGGCUGCUGACUUUACUCAGGCGUUCGUCGGCUGCGCUUAUGGUAUCAACAACAUCGGUUUCGUGAUGAUAUGCUUUGGAGUGUGGAACGCGUUGGCCGCCCCCGUGGCUGGCGCGGUGGUCAAACUCACCGGCAGGUACCCCGUCAUGGUUACCGCUCUGAUUCUGAAUCUUGGCCUACUUACCGCAUUGCUACAUUGGAGGCCAAACCCUGACCAGUGGAUGGUGUUCUACUUGCUCGCUGCGGUGUGGGGCGCUGCUGAUGCUGUGUGGCUGGUGCAAAUCAACGCACUGUCAGGAAUUCUGUUUCCCGGUGAUGAGGAAGCUGCGUACUCCAACUUCAGACUGUGGGAGGCGACUGGAAGCGUCCUGUCUUACGGCACUGCGCCUUACCUUUGUGUGAGGACGAGGUUAUACAUUCUCAUUGGAUUUUUAUUGGUUGGUUUCACCGGAUACACGAUCAUCGAGCUGAUGGAAUACAGAGUGAAGAAAGCGCAUCAUUUGGAGAGGAACUUCGAGCUCGUCGAAAAGAAAGAGCAAGAAGGUUAAUUAUGACAUAAGGUUUAAUAAUGUACAUAACUUAUUUAUAAUGCUAAACCUCGUUUGCCUCUCUUCCGCCAUAAUUUACUAAAAUUAUUUAAGUAUAUAUACGUUAAGUUUUACGAACGAAUAAAUAGAUAUGAUUAGCUAUACUUAGCAGUGUCGAAUGGUGAAAUGUUCCAAAAGAGAACUCGAUAAGUAAAAAAAAACAGUAUAACAUAUAGGUACUAACAGGCAUAAAUUCAGUCUACAAAUCGUUCUAAUGAUAAUUAAAUUAUAUAUAAAGGUAAGCCGACAGGAAUCGGACUCGGACUAUAUGGUAACUUCGCCAUUGAUACUUAGGUAGUAAAUGUAUUAUAUCGAUGUGUGGUUUUAUUCAGUCUAAGAAUAUUAUUAUUGAUAUAAGUAAUGAAAUCAUAAUUUCUAUGUUGACAAUAAUAUUAUUACAUUUUGUUUUAUACUAUGAUGAGAAUGUUAUGUAUUUGUAUGAGAUUAUUUAGUUUUAACUUCGCAAGUGUGUACAAAUGACAAACUAUCUUUACGAAUUAAUUUCCUACGAUUAUAUUGCAUAUCAGAAUGUGUGCGAAGAUGUUUAAUAAAGCCGAUUUCAAUAACCGA